ACACUGAUAUUCUUAAGAUGUUCAUUAUUCUUAGAACGAGUUAAUUUUUUGUUGUAAAGUCUUUGAUCAUAUACAGUACACAACUACCAAAAUUUUGAGUAUUGAACAUGUAGCAAGUCUCGGAAAAUUCCUCUACCUGUCUAAAUUAUAGUAACUAAAAAUCUUGGUUCUACAUAAAUCAAAACGGACGCUGGAUAUAGUAAAUCACGAAGUCUAUUAUAAUGCUGUAAGAUUUAGCAUUCCAUCUGAUUGACAACUUAAGUGGCAGACGAUGCUACGCCCGCAAGAUGGCUGGCCGCUCUCAGCUUCCGAUGCCGACGCGCAGCGCGGGCCGGCUGCCGGUGCCGGUGCGCGCGCCGACCUCGUGCCCCGGCGCGCAGCCCCGCGCUACCGGUUUGCGCCCGCCGCAGACGUACGGCUCGGCCCGCGCCUCUGCGCCGCCGUGCGCGCCCUGCGCGCCCUCGCCCUCCGCCACCCCGCGGGCGUCCGGCCUGAGGGCGCCUCAGAUCAGGUCCGGCCUCAGGCCUCCCCGACGGAUCUGCAUGUCGACGCCACAGCCCUCCACUUCGACGGCGGCGCCAGUUUGUGGCCCUCGUAGACAGAGGUCGCCGUCUCCGCCUCCGCCGUGCGCGCGCUCCCCGUCUCCUCCUCCGCCGUGCGCGCGGGCGCGGUCUCCGUCUCCACCCCCGUGCCGCCCGCCUCCGUGCGCUCCGGCGCCGUGCCCGGCGUUCGAGAUGCUCGAGGGGGAGCCGGAGGACCUGCGCGAGAUGCUGAUGUCCGGGGAGUCGGACGUGGAGGCGGCGGCGCGCGCGGCCAUGCGAGCGCAGUGGGCGGCCUCGCUCGCGGCCCACCCGGACACCCUGGAGGAUCAGCUGCGGCGCGUGGGCGAGCGGAGGCGCGCCGCGACGGAGCAGCGCUGGCUGGAGCAGGUCGAGAGGGUCGAGGCGGCCGCCGACCACCGCAAGAGGAUGAUGGCGAUCCAGCGGGAGAUGCAGAUCCGCGAGUUCCAGGAGAAGCGCGAGGAGUACAACAUGACGCUGGAGGCCGUCGAGGAGAUGCUGAUGGAGGAGCGCGACAUGAUGCUCCGGGCGCAGAUGGACAACCUGCUGGCGAGGGCCAGGGCGGAGAUCACGAACGAGGCGCAGUGGCACGCCGCCGUCGGCAUCGCCGACGCGUGGCGGCGCAGCAGGCUCGAGGCCUACCAGCCGUACGCGGCUGCCGAAGCCAGGCUGGCCGCAGAAAGAGAGAUGCUGAAGCAGAGGAGGCGCAGGUACAAGACGCGGAUGCGGCCGGGCCCGCAGAUGAGCCCGCUGGAGGAGGCCCAGGUGGACGUGUUCGACGAGUCGCCGCCGGGCGAGCUGCCGCCGCCGGCUCUGCCCGUCUUCGACCGGCCGCCCCCGUCCUUCGACAGCCGGCCCGUCAGCCUCCUGGACGACUCCCCGCCGCUGGACCUGCAGGAGUCCCCGCUGCUGAACAAGUACAGGACGCCCGAACAGGUGACGCCGGAGCAGUCGAUGGAGCAGUGGUACUCGUCCGAGCGGGGAGGAGGGAGAGGCGCUCGGAGGCGGCUCGUCUUCGACGACGAGGACGAAGACGACGACGAAGACGACAGCGACCUGUUAGAUGAUCUGGCGCCGUUGCAGCGGAUUGUCAACAGCGCAGGGCGAAGAUCAAUGGUGGAUGAUACGAUGCCUCCAGGCCUCGAUGACUAGGAUGGAAUAUAGAAGUUCUGCACUCAGGAUUCGCUGGAGGCUGGUUCUUCCUGUGACGGAAACGACUGAGCAAAGCUUCUUCGUCUCUAACGCGCAGAAGAUGUUUGUCGUCAUAUCAGUAAAAGAAAAUGUCCUGAAUCGUUGAAUUUAGCGGGUGUUAAACUUCUGUCUGCUGUCUAGGCCAAGGUGUCAUGUAUAUUAAUCAUACUUUAGACCUUUUUUACCAGCGCUUAUUAUACUGUGUGAACGCUGUAAACAUGUGUUCUGUUAUAAAAUAAUCCUGGAAGG